CGUGCCGUUUCCUAAGCUUCCUUUAUCUCUCUCUCUCUCUCUCUCUCUCUUCGCAAUCUCUCCAAUUACCUUUCUUCUUCGCUUCUCUUCGCUGCCAGGUUUUUAUUGAUUUCGUUCUUAAAUUCGAAGAUGCUUAGAGUGAGAAAGCUCAAAACAGAGUCUAAUAUCCCUUUGGUUUUAAGUGUCAUGGUUGCUAAUUACAAUUAUAGAACAACCCAAGUUUCCAGUGACAAAAGUGUCAGGUAUAUUGUUAAGUUGGUUGUCUCUUGUUUAGCUAAAUCAAGUUCAUCAGCAUUUUUACCGGGAUCAGAGAAUAAAUUUGCUCUUCAAGGACUAUAUUUCUCUAGUGUGGCUGAAAGAAUCCUGGUCCAUGCCCAAGACCCUGCCAAAGUUAGUUUGGAGAUACAAAAUGCUAUCGAUUUGAAUCAAUUAGAUUAUUCAUGGAAAUUAUUGGAGCAGCAUAUGCACAUGGAGGGGUUUCCCAGAAAAUCAGUCAUCAGUAAGCUUGUAACAAGCUAUGUGGACAGCCUUGAUACGAAAUUGCUAGGAAAGGCUUAUGAGUUGGUAGAACGUGCUAUUGAGAAAGGUAGACAAGAUUUGUUGGAAAAGGAUGUGCUUAUCUACCUCAGCUUUGGCCUUGCAAAAGCCAGACUACCAGUUCCAGCAUCAACCAUUUUAAGAAAGAUGAUAGAUACGAAGCUUUUUCCCUCAGUCACUGCUUGGUCUGCAAUUUUAGCGCACAUGUCACAAACAGCAGAAGGAAGUUACCUUGGUGCUGAGUUGAUUCUUGAAAUAGGUUAUUUGUUCCAAAACAACAGAAUAGAUCCGCGUAAAAAGAGCAAUGCACCUUUGAUAGCCAUGAAGCCAAACAGUGCUGCUUUUAGGAUUGUUUUGGCAGGGUGCCUCCUAUUUGAGUCAUCUAGGAAGGCAGAACAGCUUCUUGAUAUGAUGCCUCGAAUUGGUGUCAAAGCAGAUGCACACUUACUAAUAAUAAUGACACGUGUAUACGAGAGAAAUGGGCGAAGGGAAGAGCUUAAGAAGCUGCAAAGGCACAUAGAGGAAGCCCCAAAUCUAACUGAUUUACAGUUUCAACAUUUCUAUAAUUGUUUAUUGACAUGCCAUUUGAGAUUUGGGGAUCUAGAUUCUGCAUCAAACAUGGUUUUGGAAAUGCUUAGGAAAGCAAAGGAAGCAAGAAAUUCUCUUGCAGCUGCCAAAUUUAUGAUGAAUGCCGAUGGAAUAUACCAUAACCGUUCUCCGAACAACGGUAAAGAUUUAGAUAGUUUACAAAAUAACAGGUCAAAUUCAAGUGUUGUAUUAUCUUAUGAGGAGUUCUCUAAAGAUAGGAACUUCUCAAAGCUUGAGGCAGAGUCCAAAGCUAUACUUGAUUCUUUAUUAUCAAAGUUGCAGAUGCGGGUGGACUUGAUCACAACCAAGCAUGGUAUAUUGCAGCCAACUGAAACAAUUUAUGUAAAAUUAGUUAAAGCUAUGCUAGAAGCUGGCAAGACCAAAGAUUUAGCUGUAUUUCUUCUCAAGGCAGAAAGAGAAGAUUCUCCAUUUUCCAAUGACAAUUCAGCUUUGGUUCAUGUUAUUAACGCGUGCAUCUCACUUGGAUGGCUGGACCAAGCACAUGAUCUCCUGGAUGAGAUGCGUCUAGCCGGAGUUAGAACUGGUUCAUCUGUAUACUCCUCUCUUUUGAAAGCAUAUUGCAGAGCGAAUAGGGUGGCAGAUGUCACGUCACUUCUGAGAGAUGCUAGGAUAGCUGGUAUCCAGCUUGACUCAAGCUCUUAUGAGGCAAUGAUCCAAUCCAGAGUUCUCCAGCAAGACACACAGGGUGCACUCCAACUUUUUAAAGAGAGGAAAGAGGCUAGAAUUCCAAGAGUCACUCAACAAAACUCUGGCAUGAUGGCUAAAGAUGGAGCGGAUACUGAAGAAGCUGGGCUAAUNACCAAGCUGUUACAGGAAAUCAAGGAAGGGCAGAAAGUGGANUGUGGAGUGCAUGACUGGAAUAAUGNNAUCCACUUUUUUUGCAAGAAGANACUGAUGCAAGAUGCAGAAAAGGCUCUAAAGAAAAUGAGAAGCUUAGGUCACUUACCAAAUGCGCAAACUUUCCAUUCUAUGGUCACAGGGUAUGCUGCCACUGGAGGAAAAUAUCAAGAGGUGACAGAGCUGUGGGGUGAGAUGAAAGGUCUUGCUUCUUCUGUCUCCAUGACGUUUGAUCAGGAACUUCUUGAUUCUGUGUUGUAUACGUUUGUAAGGGGUGGAUUCUUCGUUCGAGCCAAUGAAGUUGUGACAAUGAUGGAAAAAGGAAACAUGUUUAUUGACAAAUACAAGUACCGAAUGCUGUUCUUGAAAUACCAUAAAUCACUUUACAAAGGGAAGGCUCCGAAGUUUCAGACAGAAUCCCAACUAAGCAAAAGGGAAGCAGCCCUGGCUUUUAAAAGAUGGAUAGGCUUGACUUGAUCCCUGGAAAAGCUUGUUUGGUGCAAUGACAUACUAAUUGAUAUUGAUCCCUGGAAAAUCCAAGACAAUGAAAUUGUUUCCUUCCCUAGUCCAUUAUAAACUCUGCUAUUGAAAUAGAUGGUCAAAUGUACCUUGUUUCCGAGAUAUCCCAUUAACCCUCGGCCAACACAAGAAAGUUUCAUGUUGUGAACAUCAUCUCUUAUAGCACUUUUCACCCAAACAGUUAGAAAUACCCCAACCAUUUGCUUGCUAGCAACCAAGCAGUAUCUUGAGUGGCCUAUCUGUCUAUCACUAUCCUCUGCAGAGAAACAACCACCGUAUGACAUCGGUGAAUACUGUGCUGUAAUUGGAGAGUCACCAGCGCCAUUUUCUUCAUCUGAGGAACCCCAUCGAUAAUUGGGGUCAUAGUCACUCGCUCUGUGACCAAAUAUUACUCUAUCACAGACACUGAAACGACGAUCGAGGCAAGCUUGUUGCAUUAACAUAUCAUUAUCCAUUCUCAAACUACGACUCAAGGAUUGGAAGGAUCUUCGUUGAAAGAAAGAGGUAGCCUUCUGCCUCACUGAUCCCUCAAAAUCAGCAUCUAGCUCUACAAUAGGAUCAGGAAGGGGUGAAGGUGUGUGGCAUCCUCCACUUGUUCAGGAAGGUUGUUCAAGGUCCUCCUAAUAAGGGUUAGCCAUUUUCUUGCAGGACCAUUGUCUCCUGUUCCCAAAACAUUACCAGCAUUAAGAGGUACAAUUUCUUGAAACCUGAGCCAGGGAAAUGCAAAAUAUUUCAUUAUGUGAACUUUUGCGUAAGUAAAGGAGUCGAACAUUAUUCAUACAGUGAGUGAGUAAUUUACCCAAGAACAUAGAUAUCCGCUGGUGGAGACUCAAAUAACUUGGAGGUGACUUCCCUGCUACAUUCCAAGUGGCAACAGAGAUUCUGUAUUCGAAAGGAUAAAAAUUCUUAAAUUUCAUUGCGAUAGCAACAACCAGGAUAAUCAAGUUCUAUACACAGUUGCAUGAAUCAUACCUAUCAAGCUCAUUCUUACCUCUUCGCACUCUGUUUGAGUACCA